AACAGCACUAGCGACGGGGGUGAGGUCCUCCAAACCCGCACAUAUGACUUGCACAUCACCUAUGACCAAGUACUACCAGACACCUCGCCUGUGGUUGACAGGUUAUGAUGAGAAUCGACAACCUUUAACAGUUGAAGAAAUGUAUGAGGACUUUAGCCAGGAUCAUGCCAACAAGACAGUCACCAUGGAAACACAUCCUCAUCUCCCAGGUCCUCCCAUGGCGUCUGUCCAUCCCUGCAGACAUGCCGAGACCAUGAAGAAGAUAUGUGAAACAGUGCUUGAAGGCGGAGGCGAGUUGGGGGUCCACCUGUACCUCAUAGUGUUCCUGAAGUUUGUACAGGCCAUCAUUCCCACCAUCGAAUACGAUUACACGCACAAUUUCACACUGGCUCCUUAGGAUAACUGAUCAUGGGGAAAAGUGCUGGUGUUUCUGCAAGUAGUCGUCUUCUGCUGACCUGAGAAAGUUGAAUUAGCAAGCAAACUAUAAACUAUGUAAUCACUAUUGUUAUUAUUAUUAUUAUUAUUGUUAUUAUUAUUAUUAUUAUUAAUAUUACCACUGCUGCUGCUACUAUUGCUACUACUAUUUUAUUGUUGUUGUUGUUUUUAUAUGUGGUAAUUAUUCUAUUGUGUUAUUAUAAUUGUUUUUGUAUUUGGUUUUAUUAUUGUAAUAAUUAUUAUAAUUAUU